CCACUCACUCGCCAACACAUCUCCAUCAAGCUUUCUGGCCUGAUACACACAUAAUACUUACCUCCGGUGUAGCCUUCAUCCUCUCUUACUCGACUUCGCUCUUAUAUUCGAUCGCAAACACGAGAUCGAUCUCACUCUGAUCUGAUCGUCAGGUCUUUCAUUCGCCCCACUUUCCAACCUCAAGAUGUCCACCGCUCCGUCUACAGUCAAGGAAGUCGGUGAAAAUCCUAGUGCCAAUGCCGUUACACAGCCAACUGACCGGGAACUCAAGUCCAAAGAUGAAGAGCGAAAGAUGCGCUUCUAUGGGAUCAUCCAGGCUUUCCGAUUAGGGAAAUAUCCGUCGAAUGCCCAAGUGGACGAAUCGUUAACUUAUGCUAUCAAUAACUCGCCCAUUGAUGAUAGCAAAUUAAGUUCAGAUGGAAAGCAACUCGUUCAAGACUUUCGUGACAUCAUCGAAACCUUCAGAGUGAUAGUCAAAAAGAAAAAUGCAGAUGAAUUGAUGCAGAAUUUCUUGUUUCACACUAAACAUGUGGAUGCAGACGCUCAUAUUCAAAAGCUCAAAGGCGCCGCUGGAGUCGCACCCAGUAAAGAUGAGGCCAAAAACGAUGGCCAAGCUGCUGCUCAACACCUCCGCACCCUCGCCAAGCUGAUUUACACUUCUUCUGAGACUCGAAAACUGUUGAAAGAUAUUGGUGUCUUGGCACGCGAUGUGGUCGCGGAUGCGGCCGUCAAAGUGGCUGACACAACGCGACCAUCGGAAGAGGCCCUUAAGAAAGUUGACGAGGCUGCUCCUGCGAACGAAUGGGUAGGACCUGAUGGAGAAAAACGUACAGCUCACGAGAAAGCCCCUUCGACAGGCUUGCAUGAGAAGGCAGUCGAUCUUCAACAAAUGGCAGGAAAAGCUCAGGAUUAUCUCGCCCAAGGACAGUCAGAACUUGCGGAUACCGCCAACACAGCCCAAUCACAUGCAGAAGAUGCUGCUAAGAAGGUCCAAUCAUCCGCCGAGAGCAAGGAUCAUCUCGAUGAUCGUCAGCAGGCUAAGGAGACCGCAGGAGAAGCUGGCCAAGUCGCGUCUGAUAAAGCCAAUGUUGCAGCUAGUGUGGCAUCAGAAAAGAAAAACCGCUUGAAAGAAGCAUACGGCAAUGCCAUUGCCAAAAUUCCUGAAGAACACAAGGAGAAAGCUCGGCAAGCGCGAGAAGACACCAAGGUUUACAUACAAGAUAAAUUUCCAAAAGAAAGGCGUGAAAGGUUCAUCUACCGAUUGAAGAAAGUGAUUGUUGAACAACAGCGUCACAGAGAUUAUCAAGAAGCCAUUGACUUUUUCCUAGGUUUAGCUGAGUCCUACAAGGGCCACGCCCAAGGCAUAACCUCCCACGCGGCCAAUAAAAGCGGAGACGUACUCAAUGAUCCCACAUUCAAAGAAGCUCAACGCGAAAUGCGAACUCUGCUGGAGCGUUUUGCCAAUGGAUCUUCGAUGAAACCCAUCUUCGAUGCGAUCAACGAGAUUUAUCUGGCAGCUCAGAACGACCCCGAGUUGGAGCAUUGGUUUAAAACGCUGGAUAAGUACGUUCGAAGGUGUCUGCAAGAGCCAGGUUACGUGAUGAAAGAGUCUUGUGACCAAGCCGGAAGGGAGAUCAACGAAUCCGGCAAGAAAUUCUGGAAUCACAAAUACGCGAACCAUCGCCAAACUUUGUUUGAUGAAAUUGAAAAAUUCUUCACCAGUUACGCCGAAGACCCGCUCAAUAUUCGUUUUGGACAAAAUUGGAAGAAGCUAACAAAAGAUUUGUUCUUGAACUCCGAGGGGAAUCUAAAAUUGAAGACACAACUUUGGGAAGAUAUCACCACAGUCAUUUUGCCAGGGCUGCUGAGGCACAUAGGUUACAUUCCUAUCCCACGUAUCGAGUAUACCGACUCACAAUUGGACUUGGUCAUUGAAAAUCUUACCCUGGAGGGUCAAAAUCUUCUUCCCAACUCAGUCGAACUUGAAAUGCGCAAUUACUUCAAACUUUCUGCUUAUGAGAAGAUCCCUAAUUCUAACAGGCACUCGUUUUGGAUUAGCUUUAGUCAGGUGCAAGCCGAUCUGCGUGAUGUUGCAUUUUAUGUUCACAAGAAGAGUGGUUUCCCAAAGAUUAAGGAUUCGGGGAUGGCCGAUGUAGUGAUUUCGGGUAACGGGGUCUCUGGCAAGGUCCACAUUGAAAGUUCGGAAGCAAAGGAUCGGGUUUUUGUGGUGAAAGAUGUCAAAAUCAAAGUUGAUAAAUUGGCCUUCGGAAUCAGGGAGACCAAGCACAAUUUCCUUUACUCCACUCUCAAACCUCUUGCGCAAUCACUGGUCAAGAAACAGAUCUCCAAGGCUGUUGAGGAUGGAAUUCGUACCGGUCUUGGACAGCUAGACGCCCAGUUUGUUGAUAUUCGGGAACGACUGGAGGCUGCCGAGGGUGAUGACAAGGUCUCGAAGAUGGACGUAAUCAAGAGGACGUUUACUAAUAAGAAGGAUGAAUCUUCUAUCGUCACAAGUGAUGAUAAAUCCAAAAAAGGAACCUUCAAGAUCGUCGCCCAAAGAGAAAGCAAGAUAAUCGACUGGGCUUCUAAAAACUCAAUGGUAGAGAAGCAAGCUUUGCACCAAGAAACUGCGGCAAGCUCUGGGGCCAGUUGGAAGAGUGACGCAUUCACAAUUGUCCGUGCCAAUUGAGUAAUGAAGUUGAGGCAGUGAUCAGGCGGCGGGAAAAGCCUUCGAUGGGACUUGAGCUGUGAUCAAAUGGUGGAUGAUCGAAGGACGAGCAGCUGACCAAUAACCGAAUGUUAACCGGAAAACUGCCUGUUUCAUCUACAUUAGUCAGAACUUUAUCACAAUUCACUCGUCAAGCUUAUCAUUGUAUCUAAUUAUUUAUAUUAUCUUAUAUUAUAAGAAAUAAAAAAAGUAACACUAAUACAAAAAUCCUCGAUUAUUUUACUUUGUCGGUUCUCUUUUUUACUUCUCUGAAAUGUUGUUGUCUCUUUUUUCCCUGCCACUUUCUGAUAUGUUAUACACAUUUUGAUCACUCAUUUAUUUUGAAAGUUCGUAAUUAUCACAAUCUAAUCAUGGAUUGGAUUCUUGAACCUGG